ACCAGGUAGGAGGGGAAGCUGAGGUGAGACCACCUCCUACUUAAGUGUUACCUUCACUUUCUAGGUAACACCUACCUGCUCAGAGCCGCCCAGCAGCUCGGACUGGAUACAUGCCUCCUGCGUUACUAUCGACUCUUCCUUUAACCUGGAUAGUAAGAUGCUUUUCACCGUUCUAUCAGCAUCUUUUUAAAUUCUACUUGGCCCUUUUUAGCCAUGUUUAGCCCAGGGCAAAUUAUUUCCAGUCUCUUUCCUGCAGUUUUCCAUUCGCCUGCAGCUCACUUCUUCCCGGCAUUCCCAACCAGACUAGGCUCCCCACCCCAGAUCCUGAUACCGGGGCCCUUUUUCAGCUACGAAUCCCUGAGGAAUUACCUUCAACCUGAACCCUGCAAGGAAGCUCUGCUGCUGGCCACUCAGGCGGUGGGGAUUGGGCCCCUAACGGAGAGCCUAGAUGAACAGAGGCCAGUGAAGCAACGGCGUGCACGAGCCAACUACAGCAGCUGGCAGCUGGAGGAGCUGGAGAAAGCGUUUGAGACGACGCACUAUCCAGAUGUCUUCAUGAGGGAAGCCCUGGCCCUCAGACUGGACCUGAUCGAGGCCAGAGUUCAGGUGUGGUUCCAAAACCGCCGAGCCAAGAUGAGGCGGCAGCUGAAGCUCCAAGGCCAAAUUUCACAACCUCACGUGAAAAGCAACAAUGGUGAUUUUUUUGAUAAGAGGUGCAGAGUUUCCAACCCGACAGAAAGUUGUGACAGCGAGGCCUGGGAGAGGCAACAGGAAGGACAGGACUACUCAUGGACAAAAGCCCCAGCUCCUCCGCUGAGCGUGCGUCAGCAGCCGGUGACCCAGAAGUGGGAGAGGGCGGGGGGGCUGAGCUCAGAGGAGCUUCGCUCCUGCAGCAUCGCCGAGCUGAGGGCCAAAGCCAGGGAGCACGAGGCUGAGAUCCACAGACCUGUAAACAUGCCAGCUGGUGACGAACAGCCACAAACACAGGAAACUGACGCCGUGCUCAGUGACUGAUCUUCUUCCUGUUUGUGCAGAGAUGAAAAACAAAGUAAAUGGUUUUUACUUCUGAGGAUGAAUUUUAACAUUUAGCUUUAUUCACUUCUGCAUUUAGGUAAUCUGUUUCAUUUCUCUAAAACUACAAAGAAACAUUAUCUUUUUGUGUAAAAAGUAAUGUUUGUAUUAAAAAU